AACUUGGGAAAGAAACGGAGAAAAGGGGGGGGCGCUUUAGGGCGUGUUAUCUCGCUUGCGUUCUUUAUGGCGGCAAAAUUCCAAGGCAGCCCCCUCCAGACGUUGUUGGACUCCGGCUCCCAUCAGCCCCAGCCAGCAAGGCCAGUAGUGAGGGACGAUGGAAUUGUAGUACAAGUAUUUGGAGGGCACCGGCUUGGGGAAGGCUAUGCUAAGGCAAGCAAGCAAGUUUACUUACUCCCAGGUGUCUCCACCAUGCAAGAGGAAGAGGAUGAAUCUGAAGCCACCUCUGUAUCUUCAGGAGACAGCAGCCCCCCAACCCCAUCAGCCCAAGGCCUUCCAGGCCCCCGGAGCAAAGAGCCACAGGCAACUGUUGGGGAGCCGGCAGACGAUGGCAGAGAGGCCGGGCAGGAUCGAUUGAGCUCUUCCCUGGCUCCCAGCCCCGAGUGGCAUGAAUGCCCCGAGUGCGGGCGCGGCUUUGGCACUUCUCGGGCCCUGAAGGUGCACCGUAGCUACCACGAGGGGCGCAAGCGGCCACAUAGCGGCUCCUCAUCCUCCAAGCAGACACCGCCCUUGAUCUUGCCCAGCAACCCCCACAACCAGGAAGGGCGGACAGCCCCGACGUCUGGCCGGGGCCGAGUUUUCCACUACAUAUGUGCAGAGUGUGGUCUGGGCUUUGCCUCUCCCGCCACUUUGGAAGGCCACCGCUGCGAACAUGGCUGGUGCUGGAGCCCCCCACCUGCUCCCCGUAGCAAGCUUCCUCCCUCCCCUGCCCCAAGGGAGGCCAAUGGAGAUCAGGACACAGAUGGGGCUGACGGACCGUACCAUUGCACCGAGUGCCCGGGGGAGUUUGGCUUGGUGUCGGAACUUCACGAGCACUACAUGCUCCAUGCUCGUGGAGAGCUGUAGAUCGUUGUCCGCCCCCCCCUUUCCUCCCUCCCAAUUUAAUCAGCGGCGCCUGCCAAGGGAUCUGUCUGUCCAGGACUCUGAAAGAAGUGAAGCCUUUUUAGUUCCACUUUUUAGUUUCAUUCUAUUUUUCUAAAGCAAAUUUAGCCGGGGGAACGGCAGGGGGGAAACCAUUGCCCACAGCAAUCCCUUCUGUGUGUCCCGCCGCCUCCGAGUGGGUGGAGCAACCCUGGAAGACCCCUGCCCAUCUGCAGCGAAAGGAGCGGUUGCCUUCUCUCUGCACCUAAAAGAGAGAAAGAGAUGCUGUGGGUUUGGUGUCUGUAGGCCCUAGCCAAUUAUUCCCCAAAGGGAGCCUGUGUAAACGGGCUUUUACAAUGGAAGCACUAUAGCAGUAUUGGGCUUGUAGCUCAUUUUUAACCGACUGAACCAGGAGAGAUUGAUUCCAGGCCUAUCCCAAGGCUGGGGGGGGGGAGGGAAGAGGAAGGCGAUGGAUCAGAACUGCAUGCCUUGUGUGCACGGUCCUGCAUCCCUGCUGCCCACCCUCUUACUGUUUAGGCAGUUCCCUCCCCAAUUAGGUGCCCAUCCUCUCAUUGUCAUCACGUUUGGCACCCGGGUGGUCACACGCUGAACCGAAGCUGUAUUCUGUUUGUCCGUCUGUCUGUGUGUGCGCGUGUGUUUGGCUUUUUAAACAGAGCGGCUUCGAGAGAUGGCAUCCAAUCAGCAUAAAUCAUUACUACGUAUUAACAGUCUCUCUUCAUAGUAGCUGGGAGAUUUGGUUUAAUAAAAUUGAUUCUGUAUGUGUGACUUCUUCCUGUGCUCAUCCCUGUAUUCUGGAAUGGAGAAAGCUUGAUGGAGUCCUGAUCUGGCUGCAGAGAUGGAUGGACAAGGGUCCGGUUCAGGGUUGGGGAACCGUUGGCUCUCCAGAUGUUGCAGAACUACAACUCCCAUAAUACCCAGCAAAGAUGGCCAAUGGGUGUUGUAGUUCAGCAGCAUUUAGUAGGCUAAAGGUUCUCUGUGUGUGAUCUGUUUUGUAGCAGACUUGUGAUCUGAUUUUGAAGAUUUUCUCCGCAAAACAGAGCAGCAGGGCUGUGCAUGACAUAGUAAAUUCUGUACAUGCAGGGUCCCUGGGUGUCCUUGAGACUCAAGAUAUACAUUCUUCACAGCAAUGCUACCAUAUAUGCUGAUGUCAGUGCUGAUUCCUAUCUGCACUAUCACAGCAAUUUCUACAUUAUCCUAUAGCAGGGGUGGAGAACCAUGGGCCUGCAGAUGUUGCUGGACUACAACUGUCACCAUCACUGUCCACUGACAAUAUUAACUAGAGCUGAUGAGAAUUGAAGUCCAGCACUACCUAGAGGGCUACAGGUCCCUCAUCCCUGCUAUAGAGCUUAGAAGCAACAAGUGUGAUGUACAGCCUACACUUCCUGUUCAUCUUUGAAAGUUGCUUUUGAUGUAGACAAAACAAUGACACAGAAUAAGAGGAAAGCUUCCAUAUGAUCCAUAAAAACAAGACAGCCCCUGCUUGGUAUCUAAAAGAUCAGCCCUUAAGCCAAAUAGUAGUUCUUACAAUGGGCAGUAGAAAUGGAAACAGUUCAGGGAGCGGAGCCAAACGGAGCUGGUCUCUGCAGAACCGAUGAAGUGGUCAUGCUUCUCUUUGCUACAGCCUGAUAGAAACAGUGUUGCUAGGUGACAGCUGUUGGAAGGAGGAGCCCAGUGGAGAGGCCUUGCUUCCUUUUUCUCUCCCUCCUUCAGCCUAAUGCCAUGGCUGUUGCCAGGAAGAAGCCAAAUGGAGUUUAUACCAAGUUCUCUAGUACAGCUGGAGAACUACAGUAAGGUCAUACACACGAUGGCUUAGCCCGUGAUGGGGAAUCUGGCCCUCCAGAUUAUGUUGGACACCAU